UAAUUGUGGUGAGUAAGCUGUAGCUGGGAUUCACACUAGAGAGCAGUAGAGAGAAGGAGAGAGGGAGAGAGAGAGAGUGUGCAUGUUAUAUCUAUAUAUAGUGAGAGGGAGGGAAAGAGAGAGAGAGAGAGAGAGGAGUCAGCCGUUCUGAAAGCUGCCCGAGCGAAGGGGAAGGCAAUGGCCGGCUCGGGGGAGAGGAGCAGACAGCAGCCGCUGGAAGAGUAUCUGGAAGCGGCCGUACAGGUGGCUCUGGAAGCCGGCCAGAUAAUUAGGGAAGCAUUAAGAGUUGAAAAGCGAGUGCAGACGAAGUCAUCAGCAGCAGAUCUCGUAACAGAAACAGACCAGCUUGUUGAAAAUCUCAUCAUCUCGACUCUAAGCAACAAGUUUCCUUCACACAGAUUUAUUGGUGAAGAAUCAGUUGCAGCUGGUGAAAAAUGCAUUCUGACUGACGACCCCACUUGGAUAAUAGACCCCAUCGAUGGAACUUGUAACUUUGUACACGGAACACCGGUGGUGGCAGUUUCUAUUGGACUUUCUGUCAAAAAAGAGCUUGAACUUGGCGUAAUUUAUAGCUGUGUUGAAGAGAAGUUAUAUACUGGCAGAAAAGGUCAUGGAGCAUUUUGUAAUGGGCAGAAACUUCAGGCGUCUACUCAGACAGACCUGUCAAAGGCUCUGAUAUUAACUGAACUUGGUUCGAUUCGUGAUCCUAUGGCAGUAAAGCUGCUGUUUAGUAACAUGGAGAGGUUACUAAAGGUGUCAGCCCAUGGCAUCAGGAUUGUGGGAAGCGCAGCUCUGGAUCUGUGCCACGUUGCAGCCGGAGAUGUCGAUGCCUUUUACCAGUUUGGCCUCCAUUGUUGGGAUAUGGCUGCUGCAGCUGUCAUUGUACGGGAAGCUGGAGGAAUCAUGAUGGAUACAGCAGGAGGACCACUGGACCUAAUGUCUCGGAGAGUGGUGGCAGCUGGCACUUUGGAGAUGGUGUGUCAGAUUGUUAAAGAACUACAGCCCGUGGCCUAUGAACGGGAUGACGGCACCGAAGGCACAAGUCACUCGCUAUCCAAAUAACGACCAUUUCAGAACAUGCACUGGUGAAACCGUAGUGAAAUCACACUGCUGAAUCUUUACAAGUAACUCAACAGGGACAAGCGGCUGUGAUAGCCAUACCGUGCCGAUAUUUGUAACAAAAAUCAUAAUAGCAAACUGGUCCUGCUCUCCCUCAAGCAUCAGCAAUAUGUAUCUUCUAUGAACUAUGUUGAU